AGCCAUCAUUUAAGUAGUAAAUUUGUCAAAUAGAGCACUAAGGCUAACGUCCUAGUGAGAACACUGGGAAGUCCUCACGAGCCCUUUGUUUGUAAGUCACUGUGCUCACUGCCAGACUGAAGGAGAAAAGAAAGGGAAACUUUAUUAUUUUUUUUAAAAGAUUUAUUUAUUUAUUUGAAAGUCAGAGUUACGCAGAGAGAAGGAGAGGCAGAGAGAGAAGAGUCUUCUAUCCACAGGUUCACUCUCCAGUUAACCGCAAUGACUGGUGCUGUGCCGAUCCAAAGCCAGGAGCCAGGAGCUUCUUCUGGGUCUCCCACUCGGGUGCAGGGGCCGCAACUCGAACCGGCACCCAUAUGGGAUGCCUGCACUGCAGGUGGCGGCUUUACCCACUAUGCCACAGCCCAGGCCCCAGUGAAGCUAUUCUUAGAUUCUUUUUUUUUUAAACAGGCAGAGUGGACAGUGAGAGACAGACAGAAAGGUCUUCCUUUGCCGUUGGUUUACUCUCCAAUGGCCACCACGGCUGAUGCACUGCAGCCGGCGCGCUGCGCUGAUCUGAAGCCAGAAGCCAGGUGCUUCUCCUGGUCUCCCAUGGGGUGCAGGGCUCAAGCACUUGGGCCAUCCUCCACUGCACUCCCUGGCCACAGCAGAGAGCUGGACUGGAAGAGGGGCAACCGGGACAGAAUCCGGCGCCCCGACCGGGACUAGAACCCGGUGUGCCGGCGCCGCAAGGCGGAGGAUUAACCUAGUGAGCCGCGGCGCCGGCCGUAACCUUAGAUUCUUGAAAGCUUACCAAAAUAAGUUAAUAAUUAGCCAAAUUUUUUUGUCUUUUUUUCAUGUUAGUAUUUGUCAGAAGUAAGUAAAUCAUUUGUGGUAAUAUUUGACCAACCCUAAUAUUUUGAGAAAAUAUUCCAUGUUAAGUAUGGCUUCCUCAGCACUGAGCUACUGACAGUUCUCUGUGUUCCUGGCCACACGUCAUAGUUUUGUCAGGAUUUCAGGAAAGAGGCAACCAGAGGUGGCAUCUUUUGCCCUGUUGGGUGUAGGCUGAGAGCACUGUUGCCCAUUGGUGGCACUGGUGCAGCCUCUUCUCCUGGGUCUGUCCAUUUCCCAUGUCCCUCUCUUCAUCCCUGUAGCCCCUUUUGUCUCAGUAUUUGAGGACAGUGAAAAUUAAUUCAGCCUGGAUUUAUCUUUCCCACCAAAAACAAAGGAUAAGCUGUAAAAAAAGAAAACUUGAAUGUAUUUGAAUGUUGAUAAAAAGAUAAGAAAUUCUCAGGUCAGGGAUUGGUGAAGUGGGAACCAAAUGGAGGGUCUUUCACUUUUAGGGCACAUGCUGAGAUUAGAGAAGUGAAACAUUUUUAAAAUUCAUAUAUUUAAUUUUUUCUCAUUCAGGGUCUGUUAGUAAUGGAGGAUAUAAUUAAGAGACCCCCUGAUUUUUUUUUAAGAUUUAUUUUAUUUAUUUGAAAGGCAGAGUUACAGAGAGGAAGAGAGAGAGCUUUUAUCCAUUGGUUCACUCCCCAAAUGACCACAAGAGUUGGGGCUGUUCCAGGACCCCAGGAACUUCUUCCAAGUCUCCCACGUGGCUACAGGGGCCCAGCAACUUGGUUCAUCUUCUGGUGCUCUCCCGUACACAUUAGCAGGGAGCUAGAUCGGAUGUGGAGCACCUGGGACUCAAACCAGCGCUGAUAGUGAUGCCGCCAUCGUCACAGGGUGUGGCUUUACUCGCUACUCCAUUACGCCAGUCCCAACUCCCUGCUUUUGAAGCUGGGGCUCCCAGGAGGUUGAUGCAAAGUAAAACCACUGAGAGAGAGCAUUCCCUAUUUCAUUUAUUAGCGAAAACCAAACAGUAAUGAUUCAUGGUAGCUGUAUAAAGCAAGAGGAACUUACUCAGCCAUUACUGUUAGAAGAGUAAAUUAACGUAACUGUUUUUGGAAUAAAUAUGGCACUACUGGUAAAGCUGACUGUGUCAUAUACCCUGUGAUCCAAUAGUUUUGCUACUUAAAUACACAUACAUAUAUAUUUAAUUUUCACUUUUAUUUGAAAGAGAGAGAAGAGAGCUCUUCCAUCCCCUAAUUCACACUCCAAAAGCCCACAAUAGCUGGAGUUGGGCCAGGCCAAAGCCAGAAGCCUAGAACUCAGUCUGGGUCCCCCAUGUGGCACUAGUAACCCAAGCACCUGAGCCUUCAUCUGCUGCCUUCCAGGUGUGAACUAGCAGGAAGUUGGAAUCAGAAGUGGAGACGGGUCUCACACUGAAGCACUCCAACAUGGGAUAUGGAUAUCCCAGUUGCACCGCUAACUAAUUUGGCCUCAGUAAGGCCUCGGACUGAAUGUGGUAGUGAUACAAGUGACUCUCCACUGAAACAUGCCCAUUACCCAAAAUCUAAAGCAUCAAGCAAGCAGAGUUUACGUCCACAUCAGAUCAAUCAGAUAUAUGAUGAAUUAUUUCAGAUACAUCUUAAACUGCAGUGUGAAACUACAGCGCAACAGAAAUUUGCUGAAGAACUUCAAAAGCGAGAACGUUUUUUAGUUGAGAGAGAACAACUGCUUUUCAAACAUGAAACUGCCCUGAGUAAAAUUAAAGGUGUUGAAGAAGAGGUUCUUACAAGAUUUCGCAUUAUAAAGGAGCAACAUGAUGCAGAAGUUGAACACUUAACUGAAGUUCUUAAGGAAAGGAAUAAAGAAAGCAAGAGACUGAGGUCCUCCUUUGAUGCAUUGAAAGAAUUGAAUGAUAAUUUAAAGAAACAGUUAAAUGAAGUAAGUGAAGAAAACAGGAAGAUGGAGAUUCAGGCUAAGAGAGUUCAAGCUCGUUUAGAUAAUUUACAGAGGAAGUACGAGUUUAUGACAGUGCAAAGAUUGAAAGGCAAUCCCCAUGCUGCGCACGAAAUGAAAAGUUUAAAGCAAGAGAAAGUACCAGCUUCAAAAACUUACAAGGAAUGGAAUCGCUUACUAUGUGCUGGUCAUGUGGGGUUCUUUUCCUCAGCAUUAUAUCACGCUAUCAGUAGGCUGUUUCUUUGCUCAGCAGUACUCCACUGCGCACCACUUAAUGGACAAGUUUAUGAACUUUUAACUGUCUUCAUGGACUGGAUUUCAGAUCAUCACCUUAGCAAACUGAAACAUGAAGAAUCUGUAACAGAUGGUGAAAAGCCACUUCCCAAAUUCACUUCUCAGAGAAAUGGUAUUCAGGAGAAAUGUGUAAAGCUUUUGCCUGUCAUGACAGAACAGCUACAGUGGAUGCCAUUUGUGAAUGUCAAACUUCACGAGCCUUUUGUAAAAUUUAUAUAUUGGUCCCUAAGGCAGCUAGAUGCUGGAGCACAGCAUGCAACUAUGACAUCAACAUUGAGGAGACUGGGUGAAGACAUAUUUAAAGGGGUAGUAAUUAAAGGAAUUCAGGAAAAUUCUUUGGAGCAGUCUGUGGAGAACAAGCCAAAGGCAGCUGCUUUCUUCAAGAGCUCCAAUUUGCCACUGAGAUUUUUGUCUACAUUAAUUGUUCUCAAAACAGUCACUCAAGCUGAUUACCUGGCUCAGGCAUUUGAUUCUCUUUGUUUGGAUCUGAAGACAGAUGAAGGAAAAACCUUGUUCUUGGAGUAUCAAGCUGUCCCAGUAGUAUUACAUCAUCUAAGAAUAUCUAGUAAAGGACUUCUGUCCAAUGCCAUUGAUAGUCUGCUCCAAAUGACAGUGGAAUCUAAGUCCUUGCAGCCCUUCCUGGAAGCCUGCAGCAACUCUGCGUUUUUCCGUACUUGCUCUGUGCUGCUGCGGACACCUAAACUUGAUCUUCAGAUACUAGAAAAGCUCAGUAUUAUUCUACAGAAACUUUCCAAAAUCAAGAGUAACAAGAAGCUCUUUGAACUGUUUACAAUUCACCUGAUGCUUCAGGAAAUACAAAGGACAACACAUCCAGAGCAUGCCUUUCUCUGCAUUAACCUGAAUUCAACUCUGUUCAAUUUGGGUUUAACAAAAUGCAAUGCUGUGCCCUCCAACGCAAGCCACUAGACUGGCUUAUUUUUUUAAGAAAUAUAUUUAUUAUAUGUGUGUUGUUUAUCAAAAGUUAGAAAUCACCAAAGUCACGAAAAUUCUGCCAAGUAAAGUUAUCACUAGCAUCACUUAUCAUGAAAGACAGAUUUUUUUUUCAACUUUUUAAAUGAACUCUCUGGAAACUAUGGAAUUUUUGAAUGUUCAGUUCAACUAAGGUAGUAUUAAAAUACAAGAUGGCAUUUCUAGAAUUUAUGAAACUAGAGUUACUUUUUGUAAAAGUAUUUUAGGAAGAUUCUAUCUUAAAAUUAUGUGAUUAUUUGGAAUAAAUUGGUGCUUAUUUGGGAACAGA